AUGUUCGACGACAAUCAAUUCCAGCGAGCUGCGGUUGUUGUGGCCUGUGCAUUUUGGGCUGCAUUUUUGGCCCCUGCUUGGGCAGCGGCAGCCGGUAAGUGGAACCCUCCUUCGCUAGAGCUCGUGGAGAAUGGGCUCGCCACGACAGCAAAGGACGACUUCAACGGCCAUGCGGGGGCGUUUGAGGCCGCCGCAACUUGGAGCGGAGAGAGACUCCGUCACAGCCAAGACGAAACGCGUGCGCCGCACCUAUGUUGUGCCGAGUACGGACAAGGACGCGAGACCUUCUCGCGGCUGAAGCAGUUCCUGUCGCCCGAGGCAGUACGGGUGGUGUCUCACUCUGAAGACCACGGGGCUUGUUUCUUCGCGACAGCUUCCCAUGCUCAAGCGUCCGCGAUAAUGGAGGACCAGGAGCAGUUCUUGUUGGAAAGCUUCUCGCCUUUUCCAUCAGCGUUGAAGCUGGCCCCGGGGCUGGUCGACCACAGCGAAAGCCACCACGUGGAAGAGGAACCAAGAAGCGGGCUGGAGCGGCUGGGUGCGAGACACGGGGGAACGAUGCGCAUGUCAAAUGUGGAAGGCCUGAACAUUAAGCUUACCCCUGAUACCCUACCGGCACGCUCGGCGGGGGCCGAGUCGUUUAUCAUCGAUUUGCUCGGAGAUCUGAUGUCGGCAUCGGCAGACCUCCACUCGACCAACUUCUGGUCUGACCCGGGUAUGGCGGGGGGAGAACACCUCUCUUCUCAAGGGGGCGCUAUUCGAGCGAGAGAUUGGAGCAAAGCAGCCAGUGUUGUGCAUGAACUCAGCGAGGCAGCAGGCACGAGCCCUGGAGAUAUCUGUUUGUGGGACGAGGUCGCCUUGCUCCAAGCAGGAGACGAUUCGCUCUUGGUCACAGGCUUGGACCACCUGCUGUUUUCCGGAAGGGGAGCCGGAGGAAGCGACGAGGAAGAAUCGACCGAGUUGCAUGUGGCGUGCUUCAUGGGCCUUGUGUCAUUCUUCGCCGGCAGGCCGGAGGUCCUGAGAGUGUCGCCCAGGCAUACGAAGCGCGUGCUCAACGGAGCCGCACGAGGCAUCAUCCAAAGCGCCUCGGCCACGGACACGCCACUAACGGACGCGGGCUUAGACGGAACCGGUGAAGUUAUCCAGGUCGUUGAUACCGGCCUUGAUGAGACAUCGUGCUUUUUCAUCGACGACGGUGGCGAGGAGGUGGACCAUGGGUACUACUUCGAAGAGUUGUUUGUCGGCUCCGCGGGCUCCUCGCAACUGAUCUAUUUUCCCGUUUUCGAUGAAGGAGAUUUCACUUACGCCGAGGAGAGACGGAAGGUCAUCCAGUACAUUGAGCUGGUCAACCCCGACUCAGACUACGUGGCAUUCUCUACCACCGAGGGCGGCGUGUAUCCCUUCCUCCCGCCGGACGAGUUCGGACAGGAUGACUCGGCCGGGCAUGGCACACAUACUGCAGGAUCUGCCGCGGGGGCUACGCUAAACGACCCCGCGGAGACGCUCACGUGCAGCGGAGAUGAAACGCUGGGCUGCGCGGGUGCCUGCAUUGACGAGUCUGAGACUACAGACGACUUGGUGUCGUCCGCCAUUCAAAUGGCGUUGCCCGAUUUGGACAGGCUCUGCCCAAUGUAUGGAUGCGAUGAUUCGACUGACCCGUGCCUCAGCGACGAGGUAGAUGAGACCCUGACGAACAACGGAGGCAUGGCCCAGGGCGCGAAACUGUCCAUCUUCGACGUGUUUUUCGAAGUCUUCGGUCUGAUCGAAGUCUUGGGCAACGGGGUGUGGGAACCAUGCCUGGAGGCUGGAUGCAAAGUACACUCACUUUCCCUCGGCGGGGAUACUCUGUGCACUCCUGGAGAAUCAGAGAUCCUGUAUGAUGACUUCAUGUAUGAGAACCCAGAACACCUUCUGAUCUUUGCCGCCGGUAACGACGGCGAAACCGAGCGCUCGGUGUGUACUAUGGCUAGUCCUGCCAUCGGCAAGAAUGUUCUGGCCGUAGGGGCUUCAACAUCUGGUGACACACGCGUCAUUUCUACGGAAGGGGGAACGGGCAUCGACAUGGUGGCCGAUUUCAGCUCGUACGGGUUCACGACUGAUGGCAGAAUCAAACCGGAGGUAUUGGCGCCAGGAGACACGGUCUACUCCGCCGCCAGCGAUGGCACGGACUCACACUCGUGCAGGCUGUGGGCGUACCAAGGAACGUCGAUGUCCUGCCCCAUUGUUGCGGGUGCAUCGGCUAUGGUCAGGCAGUACUUCGUGAAUGAGACCUUCUACACGGCGGACGUGACAUCCAGGGGCUUCUGCAGCGAUGGCUUCAUAUGCGAGGGCUUCUCGCCGUCGGCGGCAACGGUCAAAGCCUUGCUGAUCAACAGCGCCAACCUGAUGGGAGAAAGCAGCCAGCCCGACGGCAACCGCGGCUUCGGGCGUAUUCACCUGGAGGAAGGGAUGCCGCUGGAAGGAGAAGGAGACUUGGCGCUCUUCGUGGCAGACGCUCUCGACACAUCCAUCGGCGAGGAUACCGUCGAAGAAUACUUGUUCGACGUGGACGCCGACGCUGGCCUGGAGUUGCGUGCCACGUUGUCCUGGAUCGACUACCCUGCCACGUCAACGUCGGCUAUUCAGUUGGUGAACGACCUGGAUCUGGUUGUGGUUUCUCCGAACGGGACAGUUCACCGGAUGUGGGGGUCGGAUGUCACGGACAACCGCAACGUGAAUGAACGAGUGAUCGUGGACGCCGACGACGUUGAGACGGGCACUUGGACCGUGCUCGUGUAUUCAAACAGCCUUGUAACCGACUCCCAGAGCUACUCUCUUGUCGUCAACGGAGCCAUCAGUGCGGGGACCGGCGAGGGGGCGAGCGGCUCCUUCGAUAGCUCAAACCCGUACUUUACGGGUGACUUGGCGGGCUCUGGUGGCGGCCCGCAUUCCGUCACGCCCCCUGCACGUUUGUCGAUGAUCCUCGGCGCAACUUUGGCAGCCGUUGUUGCCGCAGGUGCCUGCAUGAUGUAAGGAGACUACCGUCCGACUUUGUUCUUUGAAAACAAUGGAGGACUGUUCGGACUGCCGAGGAUCCACCGCAGGCCCGUUUAGCUAUGCCGGGUAUGCCUUUGAUGAUGCCGGGUAUGCCUUUGAUGAUGUGGGGUGUAUUCGUAGGCAUUGUACGUCGGAGAUAGCCUGCUCUCCUCCGGACCGUUUAAGCGUAUUUGGAGUACUUGCGAUCGCGGAUCAUCUUCGCGGUUCUUGUGUGGACAAGGUAGCUUAGUUUUGUUGUGUUCUGUAGUUUUGUUGUGUUCAUUUGUGCCGGAGAGAUGCUUGACUGACUCUCUACCCGAACACGUUCAAAAACCAUACCAGUAGUUUAUUGUUUGAAGUAGACGUUUCCUCGAGAGCGCAGAAAGUCCUCAGUCAUGUGUUUUCAGUCCUUCCCAGCUGUGCCCGAGACAAAGCGUGUGUUUUCCCUUCGGUAUAUACAACGGUACAGCAGUGUUUGGUUUUGUGAAGUCAUCAUGCGUCCCAUGCUGAUGUAUGCAUGAAAAGAACGAGAUAUAAUCGCCGG